AUGGGCGUGCGCAUAGCCACCUUCGCAGCGAGCUUGGCGGCGUUAGCGGGUGCAAAGGUCUUCAGAUCUCCAGUACUUAUUCUAUUGGUGGCUGUCGGAACCUAUGUGGGAGGCGCGCUUUGUUUGGCGCUUCGCUGCUGGGCGAUGUACCACAGAGCUUCGUCGUGGCGGCUUUCCCACCUCUCCCUUGGCUCAGUAGAGGCAGCAGAGCUGGCCUUCCGCCAGGGCACGCCGUACCUGCUGGUGUGUGGUGGUGAGUUGGUCCGUGAUGUCCUUGGAGCAAAGCUUGGCGCAGACUUAGCGAGGCAUGGCGGCAUGCUGGCAUUCUUCUCCAGUGGCCACUUCAAGCAGCUCAGUGAUUUUGCACCCAUUUCAUCCACUUUGCCUUCACCUUCGUCACCCUCACCUUUCGAUGGGAUCGAUUUGGCCGCAUUGCAGCCGGUGCUGAAACUGGAUAGGGAGGCGCUUGACACAUUGUCCAACUUCACGACCUUUGUACGACAUUUGGAGAGGCAAGGCCUGAUGCAUAGGUACAAUCGAGAUGCCGCCGUGGAUGUGGUGAUUGUGACCUCCAAGUAUCAUGUGCGGCGAGUCUGGGCUCUUGCGACAGUUGUGCUUGGAUCUCAAGGUCUCUCUUUCCACAUUGCUGAAGCGCCAUCCGAGAAGCAAGCCGAGAGCCUUUUACGCUGUGCACGAGAUGUGCUACGUGCUUUGCUUUGGCUUGGCACAGGCUUUGAAGGCGAUGUACUUGCUGGUCUGGCACAUCGAGACCGACGCGACUUUCGUGCUUGGUACCGACAGCGAGGACGAGCAGGAAAGGAUCACUGA